AUGAGUGAAAACAAAUCCAGGGACGAGCUUGAUACGUCUGUUGGUGCUCAUAGGACGUCGAACGUCAGUCCACAAGGCAUUCCAGUCGUUCCUCCACGGCCAAAAUCAAAAAAUCGUACUAAGUCCACCACGUCACUAGCGUCAAAUUCCUCCAACAAGAUUUCAGAGCGAGAAAUUGAGCCUGCCACCAGGGAUGAGAUUGAAGAUAAUUGUAAGAAUGAGGAACCAGAAUUGGAAUUAUUGGAUGCUUAUGGUGUACAACCAGAGGAUCACAAAGAGGAAGAAGCGGAGGCUGACCCUGUCAAAAGGAGCUCCGAUAUAUCACAUCAAUCUGUUCCUUCUGGUGGGUCCUCAAAUGACAAUCAAGUGGAAGAUAUUCCUAUGAAUUACCAAACAAAUGACCAGGAGGCUAUUGAUGGUGACAAAACACCUGGCAAUUCCAACACUAGAGCGUCCUUCAAGGAGGACAUAGAUGAAACGAAUGAAAGCGAGAAUGAGGCUUCAAGCUUUAAUGAUGACAUGGAGACUGUGUUGCAAGAAAGCCACGAGUCCAACGACGAUGUCUCCAACAACUCGGACGAUGCGGGGUCAAUUUUGCAGGAAACACCCCUCGUGCAGACGCAGGAAGUCUCUGCCGGACUUUCAGAAAGCCUCGAGACAAAUGAAGUUGAUAAGGGGGUUGAUUCAAGUGAAAUUAAACAGCUGAUCGAAGUUAAUGAUACCCCCAAAGAAGGUGGUGCCGAUGAACGUGCUACAAAUUUUGACAACGAAACCCCUAUAACUACAGUCAAGUCACUUGAGCAGACCAAGGAGGCUUCAAAUCAAGACAAUGAGAAGUUGGCUAUAGCCGUUGGCGCAACUCCAGUGAUACCGGCGCGUCCAGUUCGCAAACCAAAGACAGUCCGCCCUUCCCUAAGCUCGGAGGAAGCGAGAAAAUCGUCACCACCCAGUGGUGACGAUACGACGCAAAAAGUUGAGUCAAAUAAUAGUGCUGAGACCCUACCUCCAACCGAAACGGCGGCUCAAGAAGCGACUGAAAGUUUGUUAAGUGAUGUCGUCGAACCGAAAGCGGAAAAGUCGCCAAAUGAAGACCUAGUUCCCAAAAUUCCAGCAAGACCAAGACCAAACAGGAAACAAUCUGAAUCAAAAGUCACUCCCAAAGCCCCCCCUCCAAAGCCAAAGAAGUUGUCAAGUAAAAUUGAAGCAUUCCAACAACAACUAUUCAACUCUUCUUCUUCUUCGAAUCAUGGACCGGCUCCAAAGCAUGCAUCUGGAUGUGAAAGUAACGAUGAAGUCGACAGUGCUCCAAAACAGUCAUCUGUGCACAGGAGAGUUUUUGAAUCAAAUGGAAUACCACUACCCGGUAUGUUUAACCCUGCACUUCGUCCAGUGGUGACAGAGUCAAGUGCUAAAGAGGAACUGCCCAAAGAAUCCAAGGCAACAAAAAGAGUGCGAGGUCCAAAGGGCAAAAGGUUGCCUCAAGCUGUUGCCAAUGCAAAUGUUGUUUCAGAGAAAAGCAGAACUUUAGAAAAGGGAAACUUGUGGUCAUUCACGUUUGAAAAGGUGCAUGGCGGAGACGGAUCUCCAGAAAUAGGUACUGAGGUUCUUAUGCGCGACAAAGUUUUCGAGAAUAACGACAAACUUGCUGAAGUGUCAGCAUCUACUGGCCUGCCAGCACAAAUAAUUGAGGGUUCAGCCGAGAAUAAUCUGCUGGUGAGCUUGAUAUCAGAGAACAAUGGUGCUCACACGGCUCAAGAUAUAUACCCAGAUUCAGAUCAACAAACGAACUUUUCAGAGGCGGGAGAAAGUAACGAGGCGUGA